GCGGGCAGGGUGGCCACCGGCAAUCCGGCAUGCAGGUGACAUUUGCGCGUCUUUAUGGAUGCGCGUUUAACCUUGUCCUCGUCUCCUGUUUGCGUAGAUGUGGUCCCGUUGCCGCCCGAGGUGAGCAGUUACCGGCGCGGACGCAAGAAGCGCGUGCCUUACACCAAGGUGCAGCUGAAGGAGUUGGAGAAGGAGUACGCGGCUAGCAAGUUCAUUACCAAAGACAAGAGGAGACGCAUCUCGGCCGCCACCAACCUUUCGGAACGCCAAGUCACCAUCUGGUUCCAGAACCGGCGGGUCAAGGAGAAGAAAUUCGUCAGCAAAUCCAAGAGCAAUCACCUGCACGCCACUUGACGAGCUCGCGGUUUCCUCGCCGGAAAGAAGGUCGAGAGCAACCAUCAUCUCGGCUGCUUUUAAUUGAACUUGCAUCUCCGUCAAAACAACGCCCGACCGAUUUCAUUUGAGAGCCGAGCAAGUCUCUCAAAACUGUGAAAAUGCGGAACACGGACUCCAUAUUUGUUUUAUAUGACUGUACAUAUAUAAAUAUAUAAUAUUUAAAACGAUAUCUAAAGUCAUGAUAUUGCGUGAUUCAUUUUAAUGAUGAUUAUUAUUAUUGUUAUUAUUAUUAUUAUUUUCUUGUUUCCUUUUCUCUCCAAACCAAAUCAGAAAAGGACCGCAAAAAACAUGACUGAUGGGUGGCUUACUUUGUUUUUUGUUCUUUUUGUUUUGGUGGUUGUUGUUUACUUUUUUUUAUUUUUUAUUUUUAUAUAUGUCGCCCCACAAACAGGAAUGUUUGUGACUGAAUGUCAGGUUUCACCCAAAAGACUCGACGACAUGAAAAAAAAGUUCAGAAAAGAAAAGCGGUGUACUUUGGGUGACACGCGUUCUUUUCUAAUUCCCGCUGAAUUGAAAAGCGAUGAUCCGCUGAAUUGAAAAGCGAUGAUCCUCUUCGUAUAUGUUCUUCUAAGCGAUGCGAUAUUAUUUCCCUGUGUAGUGCAAUGCCUUUUUAUUAUUUAAAUUCAUAUUAUGGCCCAUGUGUAAACUCGAGUAUACGUUGUGCCUGUAUGUUCUCCUCUUUUAUUUUUUGGGGGUUUAUUUUUAUUUUUGGUCCAAGGACAAUUGUGUCACGAAAUCUGCAAUGAUUGUAAAGCAUUAAAGUCAGUGAGUACUACA